AUGGUGCCGACCGCCAUUCUGCUGGUGCGGUAUCGUUUACAGCAGGGACAGACAUCUGCAUUGGACCAGAAGCAAUACGCGGCUCAGCCUCAGGUGGUUGCACCUGCAGGUGUGAUAGGGGAUAGCUUGAACUCGAAUGAUGAAACAAGUCCCUACAAGCUCUCAAUACCAAGCAUCGAAGAGCUCGUGCCACCUAAUGAAGUCGUGCAGGACAGGAUUGAGAACAAUCCAGUGGAUCAAAACAGUCAAGCCCAAGCUCUGGAUGUCGGCUCUGGGUGGCAGCGCUACACCCAGCCCCACGAGAGCAAAGACGAUGUUAGCAUUGUGGCCGCACGAUCUGGUCCCGAGUCCACCGACUGGAUAGAGGAGUUUUGUGACGAAUAUCUCUGCACACCCUACAUCUACUCCCUCGACGAAUUCCCCGAGGAAGAAUAUCUCGUGCCCUACUCUCGCAAGGGCCACGAGGCAAGUGCCUACCUGAGCUACAUCGUCGACAACUACGACAAUCUCGCCCCUUACACCAUCUUCAUUCACGGCCGCGCAGAGCAAUGGCACAACGACGUCUCCGGCCCCUUUACACCCAAGGUCCUCGAAAACCUGCGCUACGAAGCAGUCGCCAUCAACGGCUACGUCAAUCUGAGAUGCACCAACAAACCAGGCUGUCCCAGCACCAUGUUCCAGGCUCACCCUGUCACCCUCGACUGGGACUACCAAUACUUGAUCGACCAGCUUCCACAAGUCCUGGGAUAUCUCCUUGGCAUCGAUCCCAGCGAAGCACCCCAGGAUAUCGGGCACCAGUGCUGUGCCCAGUUCGCCGUGACCAGGGAGCGUAUCCAGGAGAGGCCGCUGGAGGAUUAUAUCCGGAUCCUGGACUGGGUGGCCAACACCGAUUUGACGGAUAAUUAUGGCAUCGGGUGGUUGAUUGAGAAGUUGUGGCAUCUCUUCUUCGGCAUGCCUGCUGUGCAGUAA